AAUUGUCAAUAUAUAUAUAUCAGCGAUGUACAUUUUGAUAAAGUUUCCAAUAAAUGAAUGAGAGUGUGUAUAUGUGUGAAAUCAAUUUGUUUACGUAAUUAUAGCUCAUGGAACUUAAAAAUGAUAUCACCUAAAUAUAUCAAAACACACAACCACACGAAAGUAACAUUGCAUCAAGUCGCGCAACGAUCGAACAAAGGGAUACAAUUAUAUUGAAAAUGAAAGGAUUUCUAUAUAUUUACAAUUCGGUACAUUUUUUUCUUACAUUGUCUCUUAAAAUAUUAAUUUCAUUUGCUUUAUAGUAAUAAUAUUAAUUUUUAAUUAACUUUAAUUUAUUGAAUUUAAAACAAUAUUCAUUUUUAUAAAAUUCUGCAUAUGAAAAUAAUCAAAACAGUACAUCGUGCGAGAACUCUUGAUACACUACUAUACCACACGAGAGCGAUUGGUAUGCGAUUUGAAAGCCCACUUGUGACGUAGGCAUGACGCAGCUUCAAGAAAGUGAUCUACGGUCUAAUGUUUAUUUUCAAGUUUCCUCCUCGAGAGUCAAGUGUUGAUAUGCAGUCAAACCAGUAGUGUGAAUUGCUUGAAAUUAUUUUACUCUCCAGUGUUCCCGUUGCAAAAAUACAAUUAAUUACAAUCGUUUCAGAAUUUAAUAAAAAAAAAAAAAAUUUAUUGUCACGUGCAAAGGCGUAAAAACUUUUUGUUUUCCCGUGUAUAUGACAAAAUUUGAAAUUCCCUUGACGUGAGGUGGCAAGCAAAUCUUGACGAUUGAUCGCUCACGUUGUUCAUGUGACCUCUCUUCUCGUGUAUGUAAAACAUAUACCUAUAACUUGUUAUUUUUCUAAUAGGAAAGAAUUUAAAAACAUGAUUUUAAAUAUUCAAAUGAAAAAAAAAAUUGUCAUUAUUGAAUAUUAAGCAAACAUCAAUAAUAAAAAAUAAAGAAUGCUAGAAAAAUGAUAGCUAUAUAGAUUAAUAUUUCGUGAUGUUUUGCUGCUGACGAAAGUCAUGGUCAUCAGGCGCGCAGGUCGUGAACAAGCGAGCGAGGGCUAUGUAACUUGAUUCUUCGAACAUCAGACUGAGACAGAACAUAAUCAAGACAAGUCAAGACGUGUAUAUAUUUUUUUCAUCAGUAAGAAAAGUGAAGUUGACAAGCGUUGUUCAUGUGUUAUUAUUAUUCUUUUUUUUGGAAUGUAUAAUCGGUGUGAUGUGAACAAUAUAUUUGUAUAUAAUUAAUUUUCAAAUAGUUUGCAUUGUCAUUCAAAGUGGUUCGUUGUACUCCCACGCGAACUUGGCAUAUACACGCGUAUCAGUAAUGCAAUGCGUGAAUUUCCUGCUUUUUCAAUUUUCAUAAGCGCUUAUCAAUAUUUUUAAGAACGUGAGCGCCAGUAAGCACGCGCCAUCAAGUGCCAUCGGGUCACAGAUGGACCCUCCCUACCAACGUCUAGUUGCUUUGUUUAUGUUUAGAGUGUGCAGAAGACUCGAACUACUGCAGCGCGCACAAGUUUACUCCAAUAUUUAUCAUCGUUUACACGUUUUAGGCCGCGUCUACACUAGUGAAUUGUUUUUUUUCCUGAAUAAUAAUAAUUUAUACAUCUAUUCGUACAAUAUUGUGAAAAUCGAUUUUCCCCCAAAAGUGUGUUUCUAUAUCUACUCAUGGAAAAAGAAAAAAAACAAGUUAUAGUGAGAGUAGUGGGGCAAUUCUAGUUGGAUUAUUCGAGGUAAACAAAGAGACUCGAGGAAUAAACUCAGAUGCUCAUCCAUUGAAAGUGGUUUUACAAAAAUAAUUUCGACAAAUUCCUGUUACAAAUGGGGGACUCAUCGGUAUAUCAGGAAUUUUUCCUCGAAGUAGGAAGUAAUGCAAUGGAUGAAUUUUCAAUUAAACAUGAAUCAAUAAAACAGGAACCUCCAACGGAAAUGGGGACAUCGGCAUCGGUUCCAAUACCAUGUGGACAUCGUGGUAUACGUGGUGUUUACGAUCAAUUUUCACCGUCACCAUUGGCAAUAAAUUCCGUUUGGGGUACACGACCCGAUCAAAUGGAUUCACCAUUUAAAAUUGAUCCACUUCAAUUGGAUUCUUCUUUUAAAAUGGACGACGACGAUAUUUUUCAAGUUGAUAAAGCCGAUCUCAUUCAGGGUCCAACGCUCGCUGAACUUAAUGCCAAUGAUGAUACUCUCCUUGGUGAUUUGAAUUUUGAUGAUUUACUUUUGCCUGAGGAGAAAAUUCAAUUUAGAGUAGGAACCGAUAAUGUGCCAUCAGUCAGUUCAUUAUAUAGUAGCAGUGGUCCUUGUUUUGCACCAAGUAGCUUUCCUCAAUCAGCUCAAUCAUUUCGCAGUUGUCCAACAUUUGUUAAUACCACGGGUUUUAAUCUUAAUGGUGGCAUUAGUCUCAUGGACAGUUUAGAGGCGGUUAGUCCUUCUGCAUUUGCCAGUCCUGGCACAAGUAAUAUUGCAGGCAGUUCCACGGCUAGUUCGUCGACAUCUCCUCAUCCAAUUAGCAGACCAACGGGACAAUCGACUCUACAUGAAUUAUUGAUGAAAAAGGGCGAAAAUCCUCCAACCAGUCCAAUGUACAGUCAAAUGGAAUCAGUUGGCACGUCUAGUAAAAGUAAAGUUUCAAGGCUAUCAAUGUCCGCACCGACGCAAUCAAUGGGAUUAGAACAAAUCUGGGCAAGAAGGGAACCUAGGCCACAUUUACUAAGUACCGGAAGUACAGCGGGUUUAGGAUUAACUGAGGCAGGCUCAACGAGUAGUUUGAGUACAGGUGGUGCUUUAAGUCCUGAUCCUCUAGGACAUCUUGAUCCACUCAGCCAUGAUGAGGGAUAUGAGGAUAGCGAUGAUGACAGCGAUCAUUAUGAUGAUUACAGCAGUGACAAUGGAACAGGUGGGAGUGACGGUGAAGAUCAAGGAAGUGUUGGAAAAGGUGGUGGCGGUAGCAACGAAUCAACAAAAGAAUCAAGACACAAAAAAGAAAGAUUCUUUUGGCAAUAUAAUGUCCAAGCCAAGGGUCCAAAGGGUCAACGUUUAGUUGCUCGUGCACGUUUAGAGGAUCCUCAUGUUUUAAAUGAGGUGACAGAUCCUGUGUUUAGUCCACAUUGUGCAUUGCGAGGUAUAAAACAUAGUGGAAAAGCAAGAAAAGGUGAUGGCAAUGAUCUUACGCCAAAUCCACGAAAAUUAUUUAGUAUUGGCCGUGAAUUGGAUAAAUUAUCACGCGUUAUCAACGACAUGACACCCGUUUCGGAACUGCCAUUCACAGCACGGCCUAAAACGAGAAAAGAGAAAAAUAAAUUGGCUUCUCGCGCUUGUCGAUUAAAGAAAAAGGCACAACAUGAAGCAAAUAAAAUUAAACUUCAUGGCCUUGAACAAGAACACAAGCGGCUAAUUCAUGGCAUAUCUCAAAUAAAACAAACGUUGGCUGCUAAAUUAACGGAGCCAAAUCCAGAAGUUCAAGAGGAAUUGACACGGCAAAUGGAUAAGUACUGUAAAUUGGCAACAAAAGUACGAAUAGCGAGUCAUUCGACAGAUUUUGUAAACAAAGUGUUGGAUAAAGUUAGAUCUGGAGUACCUGAUGGAGGCAUCGAUGAAUUUUAGUAUAUCUUUAUCGACGUAGUGAUUAUGUGUAUGUAGUGAUGAAGAGCUGGCCAUGCGAUAACACUGCUAGUGCAGUCUUCUAUAUAUUUUUAAGAUGAUCCGAAAUGUCGCAAAAUAUUAGAUUUUAUUGGUAAGCUUUAACCAUUUUCAGUUUUUAAUCCUCUUAAUAAAAUCUAACGUAAAUAAUGAAUAUCAACAACAAAAAAAAGAAAAAAAAAAUUAAAAAAGAAAUCAUAAUAAUUACGUUAGACAUAAAAAAUAUAACGUAAAUAAGUUAUUUUGUUGAAAUAAAUUAUUUUUAUAAUAUUGUUAAAACUUUAAAGAUAAUAAUUUAAAGAGUAUUUAAUCAUACAUUUAUUUGCUAAUUUUUAAAUACUUCAAAGAAAUAUAUUUAUGUAUAAGUUUAAUGUAUCUUUAAAUUACUUUCAAACACUUUAAAAGUUUAAAAAAAUGUUUUUUUUAACUUUAUAAUUUACACAAUUUAUAGCGAAAUGAAUAAUAAUGAUAUUUAAAUUUAUAAUAAGAAACAAAUAUUAAAAUUUUUAUUUUUUUAAAUGUCUGUAAACUUUAAUUUAUAAUUGUUACUUAAAAAAAGUUAAACAUUUAUUUUAAAAUUGGAAAAUAUUUUUCUUGGUUUAUCAAAAAUUGCCAAUUUCAGUCAAAUAAAGAAACAUUAUUUUCUUGAAUAAAGAGAAAAAUAAAUAUUUCUUUAGGUAAUUUAUGAAAAUUUGUAAUUUCUUUAAGAAAUAUUAAUAUUUUCUUUGUUUAUGAAAAUUUACAAACCGUAUGUAAUUAAGUAAUAUUAAUUAUCAGUUUAUAAAAUUAUUUUUUAUCUUUAUAUAUAUAUUUAUAUCUACAACCAAUCAAAAGUAAAAUUAGAGAUUUAAUAAAGAAAACAAAAUAUGUGAAUGAACGAUAGAGUUAAAAAUAGAGGAAUAAUGUAAUUUUUUAAUGUCAAAUAAUUUCAUGUUAUAUAAAUUCUCUAUUUCUCUUUUUUUUGAAGGUGGUUAAGGCUCACUGCGUAUUAAUUUAUUAAUUAAAUGUAAUUCAUAUUCGUAGUUUAUAAUUAAUAAUUACCUAUAAAUGCGUCCGUGCUUGAAAAUUGCAAAUUCGUCGUUUCCGAUUUUUUGUUUUCAUAAUAUUUCACUUUUUUAAAUAUUAAUUUUCUACUUGUUAUAUAUUUUUACAAGACAGUUUUUAUUUACUGUACAAUUAGUUAUGACUCAUUUUUUAGUUUUUUCGUGAAUUGUUAUCUACGUUCUUGGAAUUCUUAAAGUUUUUUAUUUUUUUUAAACUUUUUUUUUAUUUUAUUGUAGAAUUCUUGUAUUUAAUUUUAAUUUUUUUUUUUAAUAUAAUUUUUAUGUUUUUUCUUUUCAAAUUUUGUCUUUAUUAUUAAAUUUUUGUGUUUCUUUUUGUAAAACAUUGAAGUUGAACGAUGAAAAUUACAUUCGAAAAAUUGAAAUGAAAUCAAAUGUUUUAUAAAAUAUAAUCAGAUGGUGAUUAAUACAUUUUUAAUUUUUUUAUAAAACAUGGAAUAAUUUUUUUUUUUAUUUUAUAAAUCGAGUUUUCGAUAAAAUUUACAAAUAAUUUUUUAUUUUUAUUUUUUUAUAUGGUUUUUUUUUAAAAAAAAAAAAAAUUAUAUUGACGAAAAGUCGACAUUUGUCUUUCAAGCAUGAAGUAGUGGCUGACUUGGUCUACCUCAGAUGAAACGCUAUACCUGUGUAAAAAAAAAUUAAGCGACAAAUUUAAUAUAAAUUUAUAAAAAUUAUUAUUAAGAGUUAUGAUACGCGUAUAAUUAUAAAUAUAUUAUAAGAAAUGCAUAUGCAUACGUAUAUAAAUAAGAAUAUAUAUAUAUAUUUUAAUGUAAAAUAUUGGAGAAUGUAGCUCUGGUAGCGAUUCUCAUUUAAAGUUUACAUAAUGUCGCGUUUGAUUUUUAAAUAUAUAUUUUAUUAAUAUAUUAAGUACAUUUAACUGCGAUAAAAAUAUUUUUCAUGCUCACAAUAGUGCAGCUCGCGUCAAUUGAAAUUGCCUAUGAAGUAUAUUUGCAUCAUAAUAGAAUGUAAGAUACUAUGUUUCGAAUAGAAAUUCAUUUUUUUUUUAGCGUAAAAGUUUACUGUACAGACAUGUUUCAUUUUUUGACUUUGUUAAAAAAAAAUGAAAAAUUUAUUUAUUCGAGAAUUCAAAACGCGUCAACUCUAUUUAAAACAAAAAACUAUUUUUUUAAAUUCAGUUACACAGUUUUUUUUUAAUUUGAUAAAAACAGUUUUGUAAUUUGAUAAAUUUGUGAAUAUCGUGAUUAUUUAUUAUUGUCUCGUUGACUGUAUAGUAAUGAUGUAGUUGAUUAUUUCUUUAGGAAAAUUUUGUUUUCACUCAAUGAAAAUUUCAAAUUAAUAACUAUAAAAAGACACUUUUAAUUUUUGUAUCGAAAUUUUCUUAUUAGGAAGAAAUAAUUUUGGAAUAAUAAAUCUUUAUUAUUUUAUUAUAAUUAUUAUUAUUAUUUUAUUAAUAAUAAUAAUAAUAAUAAUAAUUAGUAAUAAAUAUUUUUUGAAUAGUGUCUUUUAUAGAAAUAUAUAUUACUAAAGACUUGACACGAAUGUAAAGUUCCAUAAGCAAUAUUUAAGUUUCUCACUUGUAAUUCAAAAAAAUUGAAAAAUAUUUGUCAAUGUUAAUAUAUUUAGAAUAUUUUUUUUAAAUGUUAAGUAUGUAAAUUUUAUUACCAAGCAUAAUUAUUUAAAUUAGCAACAAGUGUUAUUGUCAUGAGAAUAUGUCCCAAAAUUGUGUUUUUUAGUAUAUCUAUUAACUGCGUGUUAGUAAUUUUUCUAGUUUUAUCAAAAUUCUUUAACGAAAUUAGAAAAAAAAAGAAAUAAAAAUUUGUUUUGUAAAAUAUAAUAAAUAUAUAAUUGUCGAGAAUUGAUGCAUUAAAAAUUUUUUGCUGAUGGAACACGACAUUAUGUUGAAAAAAUAUUGUAUUAUUUAAUAACAGGUUUAAUAUUAUCCAAUCAUUUUUCAAUUUUUAUUACAUAUAUUCAUAUAUAUAACGCUUAUCAAUUGUAGGAUAAUAUAUCGCGCUUGAAAGUAAAAGAAAAACAAAUAACAAUGAAGUUAAAAGUGAUUUAUUGUUUUCUUUAUAUAUAUAUAUAUAUUUUUUUUUUGUAAGAACAAUAUUUUCACAUGAUAGACGACUAGUUUGUUUGAAAGUUUUAUUUUUUUUAAAAUGUUAUUUUACACUGAAAGUGAAUAUUAUGAUAUAGAAUGAGAAUGAAGGCAGGAUGUAAUUGCCAAAGCUGUUUUGUUGAAAGGUGAAAGAAAAUAAAAUCCUAUUUGAUAGUUUCUUUUUUACAGUAUCUCAUAUUAUUUUAUUCACAUUGUAUUUGUAAUAUCUGUUCUAUAAUAUACAUGUGUAUAAAUAAAUUAUACAUCAUCUCUUUAUGGAGUAUUAAUUAUAAAUGAAAUUGGCAUUUAAAUCACAUAGGCAAACGCUAUUUUUUUCACAACGCCGAUGUCUAUAUGAAUAGCUUUUUUUUUUCCUUGGAUUUUAUAAAUUCAAAAAAUAAAUAAACGAAAGAGAAAAGAACGGUACUACUAAUUCGAUUAAGAUUUGUCAGUCAAUAUAUUUAAAAAAAUACGAAUGUUGCUUUGGUAUUGUGCAAAAUACAAGUGAUCCAUACACUAUGUAUUAUGAAAAUUAUUUACAAUGUGAAAUAUAUGUUUGUGUUUUAUCCUGAA